AUGAAUGUGAGCAAAAUGGUCGGCACUGGGAUUUUUUCUACUCCUUCCUCUGUUUUCGAGGGAACCGGUUCUAUUGGUCUCGGUCUGUUCUACUGGGUGAUAGGGUUUGCCGUCGCUGCAAGCAUGCUCUCCGUCUACCUUGAAUUCGCUUCUUACUUUCCAAGUCGAUCUGGAUCAGAAGCGGUCUACCUGGAGCAAGCAUAUCCUCGUCCUAGAUACUUUUUCCCUACCGUCUUCGCGGUGCAGACUGUGGUAUUCUCUUUCAGUAGUAGCAAUGCGAUUGUUUUGGCCAAUUACCUCUUUAGACUUGCAGAGUCGGAGCCUACAGCUUGGCAAUCCAAAGGAGUUGCUCUUGCGUCGUAUACAGUCGCGGUUUUAGCCGUCUCCUUUAACACGAAAUGGUCUCUACAGCUCUCCAAUGCCCUCGGCUGGGUAAAGCUCAUUACAUUGAUCUUCAUCGCAAUUGCUGGGCUUGUUGUGCUCGGUGGCAACGUUUCGUCUAUCACGGACUCAACGGCUCAUUUCCGAAAUGCUUUUGAAGGAACCUCUAACGCAACAGUAUAUGGAGCCACUAACUCUCUCAUCAACGUGAUGUUCUCCUACCAGGGCUACGAGAACGCCUUUAACCUAGUGAACGAGGUCAAGAACCCCGUCAAGACGCUCAAGUGGAGCACCCCUGCCUCACUCAUCACAGUCGGUAUUCUAUACAUGCUGGCUAAUAUCGCCUACGUUGCUGCUGCGAGUAAGCAGGAGAUUGUCGAGUCCGAAAUCAACGUCGCCAGUCUCUUCUUCCAAAAGGUCUUUGGAGGUGGCGGUGCAUCUCGCGCCCUAAACUUCUUGAUCUGUGUCAGCGCUUUCGGUAACCUGCUCGUUGUUCUCAUCGGACAGUCUCGAAUGCUGCGAGAGUGUGGCAGACAAGGUGUCCUACCGUUCACAAGAUUCUGGACCUCCACUCGCCCCUUUGGAACUCCGCUAGGGCCGUACUGGCUAAAAUGGGCUCUAACGGCCAUCAUGAUCCUAGCUCCUCCAGCCGGUGACGCAUUCAAUUUCGUGGUCGACCUGGGAAUCUAUCCACAAAGCAUGUUUAACUUCUUCCUCGCAGUCGGCCUCUUGUUCACCAGGAGACACCGGAAGCGCCUCAACAUUCCCAGAACAGAAUGGCACGCCUGGGAUAUCGUCGUCUACUUCGCAAUUCUUGCCAACCUCUAUCUGCUCGUAGCGCCCUGGUACCCGCCAGCAGGAGGUGCAAAUGGAGGGGACGUGAGCUUCUGGUAUGGCACGUACGUCGUCGUUGGAAUUUCUCUUAUCGGUCUCUGCGGUGUCUACUAUUGGGUCUACAUGAAGGUAUUACCGCACUUCGGGGGCUACCAAUUCCGCCAAACAAUCAUAACUGGGCCAGCGGGCGAGACAUCUCAUAAAAUGGUUAAGGUGCCUAAUGAUGAACUUGCGAGGUGGGAUGAGGAGCAUGAUGCUGCAGGGAGGCUUCGGAGAAGGGCUAACGCUCACAAGACGGAGCAGCCUCUGGAGGCUUAA